GAAACUGUGAAACUGUGAAAGAUCGCCUUUGUUUUGCCAUUCUCUACAGCAGACCAAAGACUGCAUCCAAUGUACAUUAUUUCAGCAUAGAUAAUGAACUUGAAUAUGAGAACUUCUACGCAGAUUUUGGACCACUCAAUCUGGCAAUGGUUUACAGAUAUUGUCGCAAGAUAAAUAAGAAAUUGAAGUCCAUUACAAUGUUAAGAAAGAAGAUUAUUCAUUUUACUGGCUCUGAUCAGAGAAAACAAGCAAAUGCUGCUUUCCUUGUUGGAUGCUAUAUGGUUAUAUAUUUGGGGAGAACUCCAGAAGAAGCAUAUAGAAUAUUAAUCUUUGGAGAUACAUCCUAUAUUCCUUUCAGAGAUGCUGCCUAUGGAAGCUGCAAUUUCUACAUUACACUCCUGGACUGUUUUCAUGCAGUAAAGAAGGCAAUGCAGUAUGGCUUCCUUAAUUUCCACUCAUUUAACCUUGAUGAAUACGAACACUAUGAAAAAGCAGAAAAUGGAGAUUUAAAUUGGAUAAUACCAGAUCGAUUUCUUGCCUUCUGUGGACCUCAUGCAAGAUCCAGACUUGAAAGUGGUUACCACCAACAUUCUCCCGAAACAUAUAUUUCAUAUUUUAAGAAUCAUAAUGUUACUACCAUUAUUCGUCUGAAUAAAAGGAUGUACGAUGCAAAACGCUUUAGGGAUGCUGGUUUCGAUCACCAUGAUCUUUUCUUCGCGGAUGGCAGCACCCCUACUGAUGCCAUUGUCAAAGACUUUCUGGACAUUUGUGAAAAUGCUGAGGGUGCCAUUGCAGUACAUUGUAAAGCUGGCCUCGGUCGCACGGGCACUCUGAUCGCCUGCUACAUCAUGAAGCAUUAUAGGAUGACAGCAGCAGAGACCAUUGCGUGGGUCAGGAUCUGCAGGCCAGGCUCAGUGAUUGGACCUCAGCAACAAUUUUUGGUGAUGAAGCAAACAAGCCUCUGGCUGGAAGGUGACUAUUUCCGUCAGAAGUUAAGAGGGCAGGAGAAUGGACAGCACGGAGCGGCCUUCUCCAAACUCCUCUCUGGUGUUGAUGACAUUUCGAUACAUGGGGUGGAGAAUCAGGACCAGCAGGAACCCGAACCGUACAGUGAUGAUGACGAAAUCAAUGGAGUGACACAAGGUGACAGACUUCGGGCCCUGAAAAGCAGAAGACAAUCAAAAGCCAACGCUAUUCCCCUCACAGUAAUUCUUCAGUCGAGUGUUCAGAGCUGUAAAACAUCUGACCCUAACAUUUCUGGCAGUGCAGGGAUUACUAAAAGAACCACCAGAUCUGCUUCAAGGAAAAGCAGUUUUAAAAGUCCCUCCAUUUCAAGGACUAAAACAGUCUUGCGUUAAGCAAAAACCUGCAACCAGAGCGGAAGGAAGACUUCAAAAACGGAAAACUGCGACAGGGUUUAGCACAAUUUGAGAACAAAACUAAACUGCAGAAGCCUUAGUUGUGUUCCACCUAAGAAGUUGACUCCACGAAGAACACGUCCACUGGAGUGUGUAUAAUGAACUGAGUUUGGGUGAAAGCGAAUGACUCAGAGAAGGGCCCAACUCUCAAGCGUAAGGACAAAAUGGCUGUUGUAAAUUUCGUCUCAGGUGUAAAUACCCACGCCCUCUGUUGUCCGGAGAGCGGGCUGGUCUGUGGUGCACGUGCGUCCUGUGAUGGCAAUCAUCGUAGCCCUGGCCUUCAGAAGGACUGCAGAUCUGCUGGAGGUUUUUAACGUAUUUAUUUUCUGUUCACCCUGUGACCGUGUGUCAGAAUUCAUAAAGAUAACAAAAGCAUUACUGAAAUGGGACUUUAAUUUGACACUAUUUGGCUUAAUCAUGUUGACUUGACUGUUUGUGAUACUGUUGUAAUGUCUCGUAACAGUUCACUCUGUUAAGUACCCAAGCUGCUUGUCUUCCACCAAAGAGUGCUUUAUUAACAAGAAUCUCUGAAGAUCACAUUUAAACACUGUUGCAUGUUGUAAUACAAAGUGGCACUUUGGUAACCUAAAACUUGCAAGAGAAUAUUCGUGGUAGCUUUAGGAGACUCAGGAGGAGAAACCGACUUCAGAGCUGGAAGAUUGUUGUUAAGUCAUUCCUUUUUUUAAAUGUUCAUUUAGGGACUGAAGAGCUGUGAGGCUGCCCAUUGUUUGGCUGUUCAGUUGUACAAGUUAAAAUCACAAUUCCUUCCCUGCAUGGAAAAACACGUGCUAGUUUUUCCCCAUGGAAACAGCAGUCCCAAAUAAUGGUAGCUUAAAAAAAAAAAAUUAUCUCUUUUUUAGCGUCUCUCUCUGCAGCAUCGGGUUUUUUUUCCUUAUGUAAUCAGCCUGAGACAGUUCGCCGCCGCACCCUUUAAUUUCAGUGGCAGCAAUUUGCUUCUGGAUUUCAGUUGUCCAUAGUGCAGAACUCACUGUUGCCUUUGGUUAGGGAGUACAGCUAGCGACUCUGCAGAGUGCCUUCUCCCCUCAGCUCUGCUGAAACACAGCAAAAUCUGUGGUGUAAAGCAACCACAAAACCAGAACUUAUUUGCUGCU